AAAUAUUAAUUCAUUCUUUGAAUUAUUUUAUUUUUAUGAAAAAGCAUUCUCGCUAAUAGCUACACACAUGACAUUUUUUAAUUUUUCUUUAGAGUUUUACCAAAGAGUUUGUUAUUUUAUCAUUUUAAACAGUCCUAUUAAACACUCUUUCGUUUCUCAAAUCCCCUCAUUUCCCAUUGUUGUUCAAAAACAGUCCUUUGUUUUUCAUAAAAAGACAUCCUCUCCUCCACUCUUGUCUUGGGCCUUGGCCUUGGCCUCUCUGCUUUCUCACCCCAAACCAAAAGGCUUGGGAUGGUGAUACAUUUGCAACCAGAGAAACCAAUACAGAAAACCAAACUAACUGGUCAUCUGGUUGGGAGAAUUCUGCCAAACAGAAUGAGACCACUAUGUUAAAGCAAAAUAAAUGGUUUUCUUGCUCUAAAACACAAGACAGCCUCUCUGAAGAAGAGGAAUCUAUGAAGGUCAAUCCUUGGGAAAUGAGAGCUGCAGGUGAUAAUUAUCAGUGGGGACAGUCCAGAGGCUACAGGGGUAGGGCUUCAAAUGGUAAGGACUGGAGACAAAAGAAAAAUAACUCUGAAAGGUCAUCUGGAUUGAACGAUGAUGCAGGUGUUGCUGCAUUAUACACUGCAACCAGACAGAGAUUGGAUAUAUUUACUUCCGAGGAGCAGGAUAUUCUGGUGGAUGUGGAGUCAUUAAUGCAGUCCAUCAGAAGAAUAAUGCAUAAUUCUGGUUAUAAUGAUGGGGAUCCACUGUCUGCUGAAGAUCAUUCCUUUGUACUUGACAACGUCUUUGCUUAUCAUCCAGAGAAAGCCAGAAAAAUGAGUGCUGGCAUUGAUUAUUUCAUGAUAAGCAAGCUUAUCAAUUUCCCAGAAAGCAAGUGCUUGUAUGUGGUCGCUACUGAUGGUCUCCAAGAAGAUUUUUCCUACCGCAAGUGUCUGGACAACAUGAUCAGGGGAAAGUAUCCCAAAACCGCAGAGGAGUUCACUGCGAAAUACUUCAGAAAGCCUCGAUCUGGAGGGAACCGGGAGCAAAACUCUGUGCCUCCACAGACUCCUCAGGAUGAAAAUCAGCACUAGCCCAGCCAUGUAUAUGUAAAUUCCUCUUGAUUGCAUAUAUUGAGCACAUGUUGAUUCAUCGUCUCCUCCUGACAACAUUAUACUAAGAAACACAAGAGUCAUGAGCUGUUUUUACUGUCUUCACUUCAUUCUAGUUGCUCCAUUGCAGCUCCUUUUCUUUACUUAACAGCAGAUUGAAAUGCCCCC